UGUUUAUCUGCAACAGCAGAAGCCAGUCGCCGUGGUGACAACCAGCACAGCUGCCCUCUGGAAGACGGAGGUUAAAGAAAAGUUUGCAUACAACUUUCACUGCAGGAUUUGGCUUUCUCCUCAGACCUCAAAAGAAAAAUAUCAAGCAGGGGAAGGGAGGGUGUGUGAGAGAGAGAGAGAAGAUGGCUAGUGAAUUCAAAAAGAAAAUGUUUUGGAGGGCAGUAGUGGCUGAGUUCUUAGCCAUGAGCCUCUUUAUUUUUAUCAGCAUCGGCUCAGCACUGGGCUUCAAUUUUCCUGUAGUCGGCAACAAAACAGCAACAGCCACUCAAGACAAUGUAAAAGUCUCUCUGGCUUUUGGGAUCGCUAUUGCCACCAUGGCACAAAGUGUGGGUCACAUCAGCGGUGCGCACCUGAACCCGGCGGUGACCCUGGGUCUUCUGCUGAGCUGUCAGAUCAGCCUCUUUAAGGCUUUCAUGUACAUUGUUGCACAGUGCCUAGGGGCCGUGGUGGCCACGGCGAUUCUUUCGGGAGUCACUUCGUCUCUUCCAAACAACUCCCUUGGACUCAAUGCGCUUGCAGAGGGAAUCAAUUUAGGCCAAGGGCUGGGCAUUGAAAUCAUCGCCACCUUCCAGCUGGUGCUGUGUGUCCUGGCCACCACAGACAGGAGAAGAAAUGAUAUCUCGGGAUCAGCACCCCUGGCUAUUGGGCUCUCUGUUGCCUUAGGGCAUCUUCUUGCUAUUGAUUACACUGGUUGUGGAAUUAAUCCUGCCAGGUCUUUAGGUUCAGCUUUGGUUGCCAGAAACUUUACUAAUCACUGGAUCUUUUGGGUGGGCCCAAUCCUGGGAGGUGCAAGUGCCUCCUUGAUCUACGACUUCAUCCUGGCUCCUAGAAGCAGUGACCUGACUGAUCGUAUGAAGGUCUGGACCAGUGGCCAAGUGGAAGAAUAUGAACUGGAUGGCGAUGACAUUAACACAAGGGUGGAGAUGAAGCCAAAAUAAAGAAGAAUGCAGGGAAUGGAACAAGUGUUUCUGGAGAUGUUAUCACUAUUAUAGACUCUUUGUAAACAAAUAAGCAGUACUUCCGGGAGGUUUUUAAUUCACUAGGGUUUUCCAUUUCCUUGCCCCCUUUCAUGCUAGCCUUUUCUAUCUGGCUUUUAAGUACAAAGGAGAUGAAGCCAAAAUCAUUAAACACGUGCGUGUGAGCUAGUGGGUGAAGUUAAAAUUCUGAAUCCCCAGAUUUAUGGCACUGUAUUGAAAGGAAUCGGUCCCCCAAUGUCUACAGUUAUGAUGCUAAAGUUCAAAUGACCAGUGUAAAUCCUGUGACAGUGGAAUGCUAAAACACAUGAUCUUGCUCUGCCCAUAAUGGGAUUUUUACUAGACAGAACGCUUUACCAUAAAGUAUGAGGCAUAAUAAGCACAAGAAAAAAUUCUCUCCAACUGUGGGUCCAAAAGAAUCAUUUAGAAAUAAAUGCAUCUAAAUGAGUUAUUAGUUAUAUGGAACGUGACUGAGCUUGCUAGACUUCAUGCAAUCUCUAAAACACUGUACCACACCUGCUCUCAGCAAACGUCAAAUUUGCAAGGGCCAGAAACGUUACAUCUUUCAAUCUUAUAUUCUCCCUGCACAAUCUCAACUGCAGCCAGCAGAUUUAAAACAAAAUCUGAAUUUUCUGAUUCCAGGGAACUAAUAACAACAAGUCAAAUUGGAGAAAAAUUACAAUGGCCACCAGAACAACAAAUUGCCAAUAUGAAAUCAGGAUUUGCCUAUUCCUGUGGCUAGUCUGCUUUUGUUAAUCUUGCAUUGAUAACUGUGCAUCUUAAAUAAAACAGAAAAAAAUAAAACCCACCCCACUUUGUUUUAGUAGCUUAUACUGGGAAAUUCAGGGACAAUGUAACACAAGGUAUGAGUAUAUUCUAAGUGGGAACAAAUAAAUAUUUUUUGAACCUAAAUACA